UCACUCAAAUGUGGGUGGUAUUAGUUGACAAACGAUAGCUCCGGUAACACGGCUGUCGGGCUGUAAACUGACAUUCAACAGGCGAGAGUAAACGGAACUGCUGGGCUGAAUAAUAACUGCGACUGGAUUGUUAUAAAAACAAAAGUUCACCAAGUAGUUUUUUUUCUUCUAUUCUAACUUUUCUAUUCUAUUCGUCAACAAUCAGAAUAUCUACAUUUUUUUUUUUUCAUCGUCGACUUAGAUGUUGUUGCUGUCUCCGACUUGAUUUGUGACUUUAUAUCAAUGUAGUGUUAUCGGACGGACCGAUAUUUUUGUUCAGGUGGUCGACCACUGCCCCCUUUUCGGUUGUUUACUUGCUGGUUGCCUUCACAUCACCCGCUGUGUAUGAGUAACUUUCUCUUUACUAAUUCUAUGUGACAUUUGACGCAAUUCUAGCUACUACUAUGGCCGAGGCAGCCCAACAACCACAGCAGGUUGAGAUCGAUCCGGAUUUCGAGCCUCUCGCCCGGCCCCGCUCCUGCACGUGGCCCCUGCCGCGUCCGGAGUUCAUCACCCCGGGCGAUUCCAACACCUCCUCUCCCGCCCCUUCUGUCAAACAAGAACCCAGCAGUAACUCCGACUUCAUCUCCAGCCUCAGUUUAUUAGAAGAGACUGAAGACUACCCCGAAGAGGAUCAGAAACCCACCAUCCUCUGCAAUGAUUUCCAAUGUCAGGAAAACUGCAUCCACGACCACCACCAGCAGCAUCAGCAGCAGCAGCAGCACCCGGGGAACAGCCCCCAACUCCCGCAGCAACAGGUGCAUCUGCUCUCCUCCCCGGCCGGGUCUGCAUCUUCAGUAGCGGCUGCGGCCGCUGCAGCUGCCCAGAGGAAAAGCAGCUCAUCUCGGCGUAACGCCUGGGGCAAUAUGUCUUACGCAGACCUCAUAACUAAGGCUAUUGAGAGCACCCAGGACAAGAGGCUUACCUUGUCUCAGAUCUAUGACUGGAUGGUGAAGAACGUGCCUUAUUUCAAGGACAAGGGAGAUAGCAACAGCUCUGCUGGAUGGAAGGUAAGCUUUCAAUACAGUACAUUACAUCUGAUGAGAUUUGAGUUAUGAUUUAAAGGGCUAUAAAAAAAAAUUAUAAGGAUAUGGAGAAAUGUACCUUUAAUUGCCUAUAUAUCAAAGUUUACGUUUUUCAUCAUUUUUAAAUGAUGAUAUUGUAACGACCCUGGGAUUAUAAGCGCAUAUAUCGACUCUGCCGCUUGAACAAGCUUUUGCGGCACAGUCGAUAGCGCGCUUGACUUCGGGCUAUAGAAGGUCGAGGGUUCGAGACCCGCUCCCUGCCUGUUUCAUUACAAUAUUAACACAUGUUGUCACAUGCUAAUAACACACGUAACUAAGUAAGACCAGGUGAGGGUGACAUGCUGCUUGCCAGAAAAGGUUUAUUGUAGGAUUGGGUAUUACAGACAUGUUAAAUGCUAUCUCUUGAGGUGCAGUUGUUCAUUUCUAUCCUUAUAGCAUCAUGCUUUGUAUCAGAGGAGACAUGAUGUGCUGGUCUUGUGCACCCCAAUCAAUCAGUCACUUUGUGUCCAUUCAUUGUGUGUCCUGAUGAAACCUGUGGCUGCCAAUUGUAACCCAGUCAGCACAUGGCCACGCACGCACACACACACACACACACACACACACACACACACACACACACACACACACACACACACACACACACACACACACACACACACACACACACACACACACACAUUCCUCGUCCAACUCCGGCUGCCUCCCCCUAAUACUAUUGCACAAGAGGGUACUGGGAUUCAGACUCUGAUGGGGUGUGAUAGGCUAGCUACCCUAGCCCCUCCUCCUCUCCUCUCCCAGUAAUAUUCAAAGAAGUUAACAUACUGUGCUGUAGUUGAGACACAGCCGCUGGUCGAACUCAUGUCUCUGCCAAAGUAUGUUAGCAGCAACCCUGUCUACACUCACUGUGCCAAAACACACUAAGACCGAAUGGCAUAUGUUAUUAUUGUUAUUAUUAUUAUGUAGUUAUUAUAUGAAGACUUUAGUUAGAUUUGUAGCCUGGGUUUCUCUCCUGCUAUUCCUCCGUCAUAGCUAGAGUUUGGGUUCUGGCUCAGUCAGAGUAGAGGUAUUUCUGUAGAGGCAGGCAGGUGAUCGUGAGGUACGAGUGAGGAAAAGGGUUUGUAUAUCCGUCACGUGCUACGAUGACGAGGACACACACCUCUUUCUAACAGGAGAA